AUGUGGUUCAAUGACGACUGGGAUCCGUGCGAUCAAACCGAUGACAUCGCUAUCAUUGAACUAGCAGAAGACGCCCGUACCCGAGGACGGACACCGAUUUGUCUGCCUGAUGCAGUCGUUCCAUUGGACAAACACUUGAGAGCAUUUGGUUCAGGUGGAAAAGGGGCAUUGUCGAAUAAACCACCUGAGGGCACCCUGUCGGAAGCCGAACUUCAUCUGUUCGCAGAACGUGCCUCAUUGAAAACUUUCCAGACUUUGUCGAAGGUACCACUUUUGUGCCGAGGUGACAGUGGUGGUCCAGUAUUCCAACUCAACUCGCGUGCCAGAUUCACCGUGGUCGGGGUCACAGCGGGUGGUCGAAGGGAUUGUGGAAAAAAGUCGCUGUUUUAUAUCAACAACUUCGCAGACGUACGGUAUGAUGUCGAAUGGAUCUGCAAACAAACAGGUCAGUAA